GUUCAGGAACUUCAACAUCUCUUGGUAGACGUGCCAGAUCAUCGUUGCAUGUUUGCGUCUCUUCACUUCUGACGGCACGAGAGUCGAGGAAGGUGGCAUCUUCGACCAAUCAGCUUCGAGCGCGAGUCUAGUGUGGACAUGGAAUCUCUACACCUUACUCGUCCCUUCACCUUCACCCCAAACCACAACGACUCGAUUCCCAAUGCGACGACCACGAUUCUGACGACAUGAAACGACUGGUGUUCUGCACGCGCCCUUUACGACAACUCACGGGGAAUGACGUGCAUGCCGACCGUUAGAAGAGCGUACCAGAUGUAGCAUGUCGCAGUGGCACAGAUUGCUGUUCUUCGCGCUGCUCGGCCUCAUCUUCGCGCAUGCCUUCAUCACCACCGUCAUGCGCAGUUCCGCCACUGCUGUCCCGCAGUUCCUCCUAGCCCUCUCAUUUCUACCGGACACCGGGGCAUACCGCGACUACGAAGCAUGCGGCGCGAAAUUGGACGUCAGUCUGGAUUGGCAUCCCCCGCCCAAAACCCAGGUCAAUGACCUCGACAAAGUCCUUCACUCCCAGGGUGUGUAUGGCUUCAUCUUCAACUCGAGCGACGGGCCCAAGAACGACUACAACUUCUGCAAUAUGCCGCGCGCCAACCCCGAGACGUAUCGCGUUCCGGGCGAACGAUAUACCUUGGAGUAUGUCGAGGUCGUGUCGCGCCACCACAAACGGACGCCAUAUGCAGCCAACUUGCUGUCGGAGGAGGAAAUGGGCGCCUGGGCCUGCGAUGAUGAAAUGAUGUUCUAUGGCGCGGCGCCGAUCAGAAGGGGCACGGCGAGCACCUACUGGACCGUCUACUCGACUGACUUCAACCCUUUCAGUCCAAAUGGUACGAACGUCAACUGCCAAUUUCCGCAAAUCACCUCCGACGGGUUGUUCGACAGUUAUAGACACGGCACGGACAUGAGAGCUGUUUACGUGGAUCUGCUGGAAUGGUAUCCCGAAACGUAUGAACAGUACACAAUGCAUUAUCGGGUUACCAACAACCACAUCACAUCGCAAGUGGCCUCUCGCAUGAUCUUAGGCUCGUGGAGGGAGCAAGAAUCACAACAGGUCGCCAUCCUGGUCCAACCUGCACAAUUCGAUUCGCUGGAACCGCGAUAUCCAUGUCCUGCAGCGAAACGGCUCCUCGAUUCUUACGGACCGGGCAGUGAUUCGUCGCAAUGGCAGGAGCAUCUCACCCAAUCUGCGGCCCUUAAGCAACGCCUAGACUCCAUCACCGGCGUCGAUCCAAAAGAUAACGCAUGGUCCGACAGCUGGGACCACUACUUCGACAAUCUCGCGGCGCGCACCUGUCAUCACAAGCCCUUACCAUGCAGCAAAGACGACCCAAGCAACUGCGUCACGCAGGAAGACGCAGACCACGUCUUCCGCCUCGGGCAAUACGAGUACAGCUACAUCUACCGCGACUCGCCGGAGUCGCUGCGCGCCAGCGUCGCCAGCUACGGCGUCUACUUCGCCGAACUGGUGCAGAAUUUACGACACAUGAUGGAAACGCAGGAUGCCGCGGACGAGCCCACCACCUCUUCGCGCAUGCAGUGGCGCGUGAACAUCGCCCAUGACGGCUCUAUUGCGCGCAUCUUGUCGAUUCUGCAGGUGAGCCAGAUGGUCUGGCCGGGCAUGGGCGCGGAGGUGAUUUUCGAGCUGUACUCCAAGGAGCCCGAGCGGGCUGGGGGAAUGAAGUGCUAUUAUCUGCGGGUGCUUUGGGGUGGACAGGUGUUGCGGUCGAGUCAUCCGGAUUUCCGCUAUUUCGACAUGAUUCCGGUGGGCACCUUUUUGGCGUAUGUCGAUGGUCUGGUAGGAAUCAAGGGAGAGAAGAUUCCUGGCCUCUGUGCGGGGAAUCUAUAAUGAACAACUCUGGCCAGGGCCUUGCAUUGCGUGGUGUCGGGAAUACAAGCAUAGCGUGGUCAUGGAGCAUUCGAGGACAUGGAAAGGCCAUGCUCUCGCCGUCUUUGUUGACGGAGGAAUGUAACUGUUUGGUGCCGAUAUGGGGAGGCUGGCCGUUUCACUUCCGCAUGCGGACAAGCGACGGUGGUGCUAUUCAUAGUAUUGCGAAUCGUCAAAUAUCACAAUAUUCUGUGCCAAUACCAGAUAUACCAAUGGCGAAUAUUAAACAAUACAAAGGGAUCGUCAUCCAGCCUUCAACAUCUCCUCGAGGAAGACCGAAGUUGAUGGAAGGUGAAAGGCGAAAGGCGUGCUUAGUCAACAUUUCCCGACUUCAUGUUUGCGUCUUGGGAAGGCAGCGA